ACCGCUACGCUUUAAGCAGAAAGACAUUUCUCCAUCUCCGGAGAUACUAAGGCAGCUCUACGAUACAAAGCAACCUGGACACAGGAUGAGAUGGUAUGCGUUGUUCCAACACUGAACUAUGACUGUCGCACCUGCAGAAGGUCUAAAUUUAUACAGGUGUGUUACCUGUAGCUCCCAACGACGAGAGGUUGGGUUUGCAGUGUCAGGUCUGGACUCUUGGCGGAACGGUUUACACACCGGUUUCUCUCAUUUAGCGACUUGUAGAUGUUUUAACCAAAUGGGAAACAACGGUGAUGAGGACAGACAUACGCGCGUCUCCGAAACCAUACCUCGCCGGGGAUUGCAAAUGCGUCUUAUUUUGAACCUUCUGUCAACCUGAGAAGGUGUAUUGUUCAGAUCAAUCCAAGAGGGACCAGAAAGAGCGUUCAGGCCGUUUCCUGGUCUCUCAGAAAAACGUAUACCAUUUAAAGAAUAAAACAGUUACAGUUUUUGCGCCUGGUUUUCUUAAGGAAGGACUGACGCAUAGUAGCUACAGACAAUAACGGGGAGGCUGGCAGAUCCGCCUGCACUCCUGAACAUCGCCGAAUUUAGCACGAUGGCUGUAGUCCGACUGGAAACAGAGGAUCACCAGGAAAACGGCUUUGUGUCAUCCGAACCGGCGUUUGCAAGACAGCUUCCACAGAUCGACGCCUCGGUUUUGCCAUUUCUUGGGGGAUUUGGGAAAUACCAGAAACAGCUCAUUUUGCUGACGUGGAUCCCGGCUUUAUUUAUUGGAUUUAGCCAGUUCUCUGAUUAUUUUCUACUAGCUCAGCCAAAUAGCACAUGCAUGCACCCGACUGUCAACCUGGGGAAUUGGACGGGAAGUUCUUUAUCGCUAAAUGCUACAAAUGGAAGCACACCUGUUCCGUAUUUUUACAGCAAUGACACUCAGGGUGAAACCAAUACAAGCCUUUGCAUGUGCAAAGAAUGGAAUUUCGAACUGCAAACGGGACUAAAAGAAAAUGUCGUUACCAAGUGGCACUUGGUAUGUGAUUCUGCAUGGAAGGUUCACAUUGCAAAAUUCUCUCUCCUGGUGGGCUCCAUUUUUGGAUACUUGGUGAUGGGGGUUCUGUCUGACUGGUUUGGCCGGCACCCGGUGCUGAUCGUGUCGGUGCUGUUCAUGCUGGUGUUCGGUCUGACUGUGGCCUUCUCCACCAACGUCUCCAUGUUCAGCACCCUGCGCUUCUUCGAGGGCUUCUGCCUGUCCGGAAUCACGCUUUCCCUGUAUGUACUGAGGAUCGAGCUGUGCCUGCCAGGCUGGCGGUUCUCCAUGACGAUGGUGGCCAGCUUCGUGGUGCUGGGCGGGCAGCUCCUCAUGCCGGGCCUGGCCUCCCUGUGCGGGGACUGGCAGGUGCUGCAGGUCGGCAUCAUCUGCCCCUUCAUCCUCAUGCUGUCCUACGUCUGGGUUUUCCCAGAGUCCCUGCGAUGGCUCCUGUCCACCCAGCACUACUGCCGAUCCAAAGCGCUCAUGCACCACAUCGCCAAGAAGAACGGCGUGGACGCGGAGCUGGACCCCAGCGGGAUCCUGUCAGAACUGGAGAGAGAGCUGGAGAAGAAGCCAGAGAGGACGUGCAUCGUGACAAUCGUGAGGACAAGAAACCUGUGGAAGAACAUCGUGGUCCUGUGUGUGAACUCGCUGGCAGGGUACGGGAUCCACCACUGUUUUGCGCGCAGCAUGAUGGACCCUGAGUCCCAGGACCCCACCAUGUUCCACAGCUUCUAUGCGGAUUACUACACCAUGGCGGGCAUCGCGGUGGCGUCCUGCCUGGCGCUGUGUCCGGCCGUGGGCUACAUGGGCCGCAGGGGGGGCCUGCUCAUGUUCAUGAUCAUCACCGCCCUGGCGUCUCUGCUGCAGCUGGGCCUGCUCAACCUGAUUGGGAAGUACAGCCUACGUCACGACAUAGUGCUGAGGGACACUCUGAAUAAGAAGUUCUCUGUGGCGUUCUCCAUCAUCGGCAUGUUCUCCUCCCACGCAGUCAGCAACCUCAGCAUCUUCUUCUGCGCCGAGAUCACCCCCACCGUCAUCAGGGGCGGGGGGCUGGGCCUGGUGCUGGCCAGCGCUGGUUUCGGGAUGCUGACCGCGCCCAUCAUGGAGCUGCACAACCAGAAGGGCUACUUCCUGCACCACGUCAUCUUCGCCUGCUGCACGCUGAUCUGCAUCAUCUGCAUCCUGCUGCUGCCGGAGACGCGCUACCACCCGCUGCCGGAGAGCCUGGCGGACGGCGAGACCUUCACCCGCCAGCCGCUGCUGCCGCCCAAGAAGCCCGGCGAGCAGCACCUCCUGCUCACCAAGUCGGAGACGGGCCGCGACUACUCCCGCGUGCAGGACACGCCCGUGCACCAGGCGGCGGCCGCCGCCGUGGCCUCCGCCCAGGCCCAGGCCCAGGCCCAGGAGAACAGCACCGCCAACGGAGUCACGGGGUCCUGAUCGCCAGCCCCCAUCGCCCCUCCCCCGGCCCGGAGGAGAGCGGGGGGGGGGGGGGGUCCCCGUGACCCUCCUCGCGUGGCCGAGGAGAGGUCGGGUUGUGUGACUCCCGGCAGGUCAGGGGGGUCAGAGGUCAAAGCCUAAGGAGGAGGAUGAGGCGGUUGGGGGGUCGUUUAGGGACAUGCACUGGAACCAGCCCUGCCACAACGGGGGCAGGCACGCGGGGAUAAUCAGGCGCCCGAGGCCCACCGGCGAUGGCGGCCGUUUUGACAACGCCACACGCCUGUGGAAUGUCACCGCUUCCCGCACGCGCUCAGUGCGAAGCGCCGCCCGGGUCUGGGAGGGGCUUGUGCUCACUGCUCAGCUGGGUGGGGAGGGGGGAUUCUGGGAAAGCCCUGGAGGAUUAUCUAGUUUGCCUGUUUUUAUUUCAAUCCACGCGGACGUUUUUUUCUGAGCGCGAAGUCGAGGGGAAGGAAGCAAUAUGUCCAAAAAAACACUUGCACAGGCGUUUGCCUGGCUGGUUUGGCGUCGGCCAAACUCAAUUGUAAAUAAAAGAAAAAUUGCCCUAUGAUGGCAGCAUUUUUUUUUUUUUGUAUAAGUGAAAUGUGAUGAAACUGUAACAUCCCACACGUCCGGAGAAACCGAGGAUGGAUCGCUUCGGAGCGCUGCUCCUCCAGAGAUCCUGCAGGACGUAUUCUCCGCAGGACACAGGAACCCGUGCGCACACUGAACGCUGUUGUGGCUCAUUUACAGUAGUAGUUGGUUAAAAAAAAAAAAAUUGCACAAAUCUUCUUUUGUCUGAAGUAUUGAAAGUACGAAGGUGCGAGGAGAUGAGAAAAUUCUCUUGCCCACAUCUUUUUUCGGCCAUUAAGUGAAAUGCAUUUUCACUCUAAUACUUUUGUUUGGCAUCUUUUUUUUUUUUAAGCUCAGAGCUUUGUGUUUAUAGAUACUAACGGUCUUGUCAUAUUGCAGAAUUUAAAUUUGGGGAGAUUCAAUCUGCAAUAAAGUCUUUAGCCAGAGGUUAUACAGCACCUUAAAAUGAAUUACACUCACCAGCUAUACAAGCUGAAGACAGCAUUAUAUAAUUUAUAUAUUUAUAAUUAUAUUUGACACACAACUUUUGUUGUAGUAAGUUGUCAUUUUUGGCUGUAAAUCAACUAUUUCUCUGGCUAAUAGCUUUGUGUUGGACUCGGUCACCCUUUACGCUCAGAAUGUAGGGAAAGCCCAGACAGCCAGCUUCACAUUCCCCUCAAUCAAACGCUUGAGUGGCUCUAAUCGUACUGGCUGUUUAUUGCACCAUGAGCUUUUAGGUCAUUUUGUUUUGGAGCAUGCCCUUAAAUUGUUCUAAAGGACUGAACUGUGUUGUGACAAGACUUUUAUGUUUGCUUUUUUAGAAAUAACAUUCCUUGAGUUUUGCACUAAAUUCAGUGACACAAUCCUAUGUGUUUUGCCAGCUUGCUAACUCUCGUAUUGGUGUUGGUCAUUUCUAGACGUCCUGUGCUGUGUUGCUUGAUUGCUGUCAGCUUAAUAGCAAGAACAAAAGAUAGACAAAUGUUGCACCAUUUUAGCAUUUGAGUGACAGGACCCUAACGCAUAAGGAAUCUGUUGCUAUGAAAUUGUUGAAACUGAGGCGGCACCCUAUCAGUAAUUUUGGAUUGUUAAAGAAGGACUCUGUUCACGGUGACUCUAUAAUCUCUUGCGUGGGAUAUGCAAAGCUACAUGCGGUAAGAACGGCCAUCACUGACUGAUGAGGUCAUGCAUCCCCAGUUCUACACGCUUGUCAGUACUGUAGCAUAAUGUUACUGGAUCAGUACAGUUAUUCAUAUUUAAACUACUGUUUACAGAAAUGUUAAAAAAAAACAAAAAAAAAAACAAGUACUGUACAAACUUGACAUUUUUUCUCAUUUAAUUUACAUUUUUGGCUUUGGUAGGUCCAAGCCGUAUGUUGCUGAGUUGCAUAGAGUGUGAUAGCUGUAGCCUUAUUUCAUGGGUCAGUUAGUGUAACUAGGUCGGGGUAGUGUAGCCGUUGGUUUUAACUUACACUCGUGUGAAUUGUGUGGAGCACUCCCUGACAGUAAUCAGCCUAUCUAUCCAAAAUGUGAACAACGAUUGUCACGGGCGUUGGCCUGAAGCACAAACCUUUUCUUUUCAUCGCUCCGAAAGCAUUAACUGUUCUACACACAUUAGACUAGUGCUUCUUUUUAGUUGUGUGGGUGAGGGUAGGUGUGAACGAAUGUGGGAACACCACUGAAUUUUUUGCGUUAUUCUGUUGUUUAAUUGGAAAUGCCUCUCUCACUCUCUCGCGCUGUGAGAAGUGAAGCGUUAACUGGAAUCGCAAAGUGCUCGUGUAACCAGAAGUCUGGAACUGUGUUUCCUCUUUGCGCCAUGUAUGCUAUAGUUUCUUGAGCGUAAAGGAAGGUUAUUGACUUUGCUAUUACAGACAAGCUAAAAUAUGAAAUGAAAAUAUGAGAUAUAUUUUAAUAUAUGCCAAAAAAAUGUGUCAGAUGAGAAAUGUAUUGAUUAGUCCCCCUUUCAGUUAAUGUAGCUCUGUUCGUUUUGAAGAAUGCAAAAUAUAUUGUUUACGAUAUAUGCUACAAGAUAUGCAGAGAAAUACAUUUUAAAGUGGCAGUCCUUUUCAAAUUUUGAAUGACUCCUGUUGGUGUAUAUUAAAAUGAUAUUCCUCAUUUUUUAAUGCUUUGAAUGUGUGAGUGAAAUUUGGCAAGUGAGUGAAAGAAUGUAAACCACUAAUCUUUUUUUUUUAUCACUACAGAUGAUGCACUUGUACAUAAGCCAUACAUGUUGUUGUAAUAAUAAACCCUUUUAUUUAUUUAUCACAUAUCAAUAAAAGAACAUCCCCGAA